AUGAUUAAACAGAGUUCAGAUUCAUUUGUAUGUUGGCACUGUGAAAAGAAUUUAUUAGAUAAUCGUUAUGUAAUUCAAGAUAAUUUUGCUAUUUGUUUAAAUUGUUUCGAAGAAAAAUAUUCUAAUCAUUGUUUUCAAUGUAAUGAAAUUAUUGGUAUUGAAAUGGAAGGAAGUAGAUUCGAAGAUAAAACUUGGCACCGCAAAUGCUUUAAUUGUUCUAUUUGUAAACUAUCUUUGAUAAAUAAGAAAUUUGCCUAUCGAAAUGAAAAUUUAUAUUGUCGUCAUUGUUUUAUUGAUGAAUUUGCAGAACGAUGCUAUCGAUGCAAUCGUUCAUUAGAACCAGGAGAGAAAUGUGCACAACAUGAUAAACAAUUAUAUCAUAAAUCUUGUUUUGUAUGUAACGCCUGUCAAGAACCUUUAGUUAAUGGGAAAUUUCGAUGUCGAGAUCACUAUUUCAUUUGUCGUUCAUGUCAAAUGCGUCUCAUGGCUAUUUAUUGUAUCAAAUGUCACAAAGCCAUUGAAAACGACGGAGUAGUCUAUCAUAACCAUCCAUUUCAUAGUGAAUGUUUUGUAUGUACCAAUUGUACUAAUCCAUUAGGAAAUCAACGUUAUGUUGAAUAUAAUAAUGAUGCUUAUUGUUCAAAAUGUUCUUCAAGUCUGUUUAUUAAAAGUUAA